CUCUGGAGGUUAGGAGGUUUGGAUAUUUCCUUUUUUAAACAUUCUCAGCGAAAAAAAAAAGCAAACAAGAAAGACAGACUUUAGACUUGGUAGAUUUAAUUAUACUGAAGUGAAGUUGGGAUAAAGUUUACGUAGAUUAUGAUAUUUUCCAACGUGCUGUCCUUUAUUUCAGGGUUUUUUAGAGCCUGCUACUUCAGUUGGUGGGGUCCUUUUACGUCACUAAAGCCGACGCUAGUUAGCUUUAGCCAUUGCUAGCAUGCACGCUGCGCAGCCUUGAUCGGUGUCCGAGCGAUAAAGUAUUGGUUGUGCUGGAUGUGCAGAGACUUGUCUUUAAGCUUUUAGUGAUUCUGUCUGGGUGAAACAGUUAAAGGCGGUCGUCUGCGGUGUUGUUGACCGACCAUGUGGAGCUCAGGCCGCCGUGUCCUUCAGGAUUUGCUCAGCCAGGCUGCUGCCAGGAGCUUCUCUCUGACUCCACCUCAGAAUACAGUUGUGGUGGAGCGAUGUUGGCAGGUCCCCUUGUCUAAAGUUGGCCGCCCUCCGAGGCUUCACCCCCGAAGACACAGAAUCUACAAAUUGGUUGAAGACACCAAACAUGCUCCCAAGGAGAAUAUGGAGCUCAUUCUAACUCAGACAGUACCAAAGCUUGGUGGGCGAGGAGACACUGUGUUUGUGAAAAAAUCAGUCGGCCGAAACAAGCUGCUGCCCCAGGGUCUGGCAGUGUAUCCAUCACCAGAGAACAAACACAUGUUUGCUGAGGAGUUAAGACUUUUGCGUGAGGGGCGGCCAGAGGACAGAAUCCAAACCCGCACUGGACAACUGACAAUAGAAUUCCUUAAACGCUCCAAACUGGAAAUAAACAAGAUGCCCUCUGAAGAUUUCCAGCUCACCAAACAGGUCGUCUGCAGGCAGUUUCUCAAGAAGUUGGGAGUUGUUGUGCCACCUCAUGCAUUGAGUCUUCCAUUUGAACCAAUCAAAGACUUGGGCGACUACUGGUGUGAAGUUAAGGUUAAUGGAAUAAACACAGUUCGCAUCCCCCUGUCACUGGUGCCAUAUGAAGACCCAUCUGCAAGAUAUCAGCAGCAGCUGAAAAGACAAAAGCAGGAGCAGCAGGCAGCUGAAGACCUUUCAGAGGCCGCUGAUGAAGAUGAAGCUGUAGAGAAGACAUCAGGUGACGCAGCAGCGAAGGCUGGUAAAGACUCUGUGAGUCAAGUUAGUGAAGUGUCACACUCAACAGGAACUUCAGCUGCUGAGGAUACAAUCACCUCAGCUGCAAAGACAACUCAAGACACAACAGCACCACCAAGUGACAGCCCGAAAAAAGAUUAAGAGACUCUAAAUGAAGAUGUCCACACAACUACAGUGGAUUGUGUUUACCUGUAAUACACAUUAUACAUGCAUAAAAACAGUUGUCGGUUUAAUUAUUAACAUGUUUUACAUCCGGCUUAUGCAGAACAAGUGUUUUAUCAAGUAAACACAAUUCCUGUCCUGUCACUUCAAUCAGUGUAUCCUUUGGAUGGUUGUGGAUGUACCAUAAAACAAUAAUGUAGUAACAUGUAAGAAGAAAUUUUUAUCUAAUUUUAGGACCACUGUUAACACAGUGUUGUUCAGUAUGGUGGAAAAUAAAAGGUUAUCCGUUUCCUCUCA